GUCCCCGCCGCUGUGCGUGCGUGCACUUGUGCCUUGAAGAAGGGUGUCGCGCGGGCGUGGGUGUGCCUGGCUAGCUUGUCAUUGUACACCGACGAGCGCGUGGUGGUAUUUGUUAAUGUGAAGUGGUGAACCUCUCAAGCCAAAAAUGGACCCUGAAAACAACGGUGAGGUUUCCGAGAUGUUGGAGAGUCCACAACAGGAGGUGGAGGUGGCAGUGGCGACGCAACUGGCGGAGUCCGCAGAGCCUGAGAAGCCAGCAGCUGCCGAGAACCUCCUUCUGGUAGUGAAUGGCAGCAGCGCUGCGGCCACAAAUGACACCGUGCCCGUCGAAGAUGACUCUCCUCGUGAAACUCCUGAAGCUGAGCCACUGGUGUCUGUUGCUGCACCAGAAGAACCAGAUAAAGCGCCAGAGCCUGAGAAGCAAGAGCUGGAGCCCGAAAAAGAAAAUGAGCCAGAGCCAGUGUCUGAGCCGGUCCCAGAAGCUGAGCUAGUGCCGCAGACAACCCAGGAAGAGGCUGUGCCGCAGCAGCCAGGAGAACCACAGCCUCCCAGCCCGAAGAAAGUAGAGGCUAUAGUUGAAGCACAAGAAGUUGUCAAAGAGGCUCUGACACAAAAUGAUGGCAAGAAAACUGAAGUGUCUGAAGAGAAGCCAGCUGAAGCCACCGUGCAGGGGGAGGAGGUGAAACAGGCUGAAGUGGUGCCCCCUGUAGUGCCCAAGAAGGAAGGCACGCUGGAAAAAAGUGCCAAGUCAGCAGAUCCAACAGGCGCCGAGGCGAGUGACGCUGCAACUGUUCCCUCUGCCGACUCCCUGUCGUUCCCUCUGCUUAAACACGAGAAGACCAAAGACGCUCUGCGCAGCUCUCGCACCCUGGUCGUCAUCAGGGGCCUCCCGGGAAGCGGGAAGACCUUCUUGUCCCGCGCCCUGGCCGAUGCCUACAAGGAACAUUGCUCCGUCUUCUGUGCCGAUGACUAUGCGGAGAAUGCUGACUCCGGCGCGGACACGCACAAGGCCCUUGAUGAGGCGGUGGUGGCCUGCUGCGCCGACACCCCUUCAGUGCUAGUGGUUGUGGACGACACCAACCACACCCAGGAGCGGCUGGCCCGCCUGGGCGAGUUGGCCCGGGAGCACCGGAUGGUCGUGGUCUUCCUGGAGCCGCGCACGGAAUGGAGCACGGACGCGGUGCAGCUCACCAAGCUGACCGGACGCAAACCGGCCACCAUCACCGCUAUGAAACGCCAACUGGAGGAGGUGCGCCUGCCGCUCUUCUUUGGCUGGUUCCUGCUGCCCCUCGUGCAGGAUCAGCUCAGGUCCACAAGCAGCGACUUCCUGACCACACUGGACGACUUCAAGAAGAACGCGGUUGGCUCGUCCGUGAAAGAAGGCCAGGAGGUGCCUCUGGAGCAGUACUACAAAGCCAAAGGAAGCCUCCACUCUACCACCAAAUUCUGUGACUACGGGAAGGCAGAGGGAGCCAAAGAAUAUGCAGAGAAACCAGCGGUCUCAGAAUUAUACGGCUCAGUGUUCGAUCUAACUGUGAGCGCUCUUUUCGUCACACCUCGUACCUUCGGCGCCCGCGUCAGCCUCACCGAGGAGCAGCUCGUGCUGUGGCCGGCUGAUGCCGAAAAGGAGGCGGAGUCCUCCGUCCCCGGCGCCGCCUCCUUGCCGAUGGGCAGCCGCGCCCACAUCACCCUGGGCUGUGUGGAGGGCGUGAAGCCGGUUCAAACGGGUCUGGACCUGCUGGAGAUCCUGGUUUUACAGCAGGUGGAACCAGUCACCGACUUGGAGCUCGGCUCGCUGCGCUUUUACGGUGAAGGCAGGUGGAUGCUGGAGCUCAAGGAGCCCGUGUGCGCGGCGGCGUGCUUCUCCAGCUUCUACAAGCGCAGGGGGCCAUCCCACGACCAGGGCAAAAAGGAACCCAAGAAGAAGAAGAACUGCGCCAUCUUGUGAAGACAUGAGGCGUGGCAUGGGUUGGCUGGUUAAUUCCAAUGUAGUAGAGUGUGUUUUGUGCAGUGUUAAGGGCUUCAAAUGUAGCUAGCUGGAAUCUUGAAGCCGUGUGCCUCCCGCCCUUUUGCACUACUUAAAAUGCCUUCAGUCUAGUUCAUAUAGCUCCCUAUGCCUUCAGCGUAGUUCACUACGCUUUCAGUCUAGAUCAUAUAGUUCACUUAAGCUGCUCACACAUAUCAGUAGCAGCCUUUCAGCUAGCAUCCUAGCUGCCCUGUGCACAAGUAGAAAUCAUGUUACUUCCUUUGCACGCAUCCCAAUACCAGACUUACAUCGUAGUCAACAUUCCAAACUGCUUUAAAGCUACCUUGUUGUGUCUUACUCAAACAGACUAACUAGUCAUUGAGAGUGAUUGUUACACUAGCAAAUAGGCCAAAGCUGUGCGUCUUGUCUUCGUGACUUAUGCGUUAGAGAUGCCUCCUUACGCGUUUGCACUGUUGUUUUGAAAGGGAGAUGGAUGAAUUUGGCAUUAGCUGCUCAGCUGCUUGCACCUAAAAUGAAUGCUCGUAAAUCCAAAUCUUGUCGCACUUUUUUUUUUUUUUUUCUUAAAGCCACUUUGAGCAAUUAAUUUACAUUUCAAUGAGUAACUUUUUUUUGUUUGUUUGGAAGGCCAACUUUGUGUAGCUCUUAUGAAUGACUAUUUUUGCACUUGUUUUGUACACUUAAUAAUAAAAACCAAGAUCAUGUGUUGCUACAGCAA